GACCGUGCGAUGGCACAUUCCCCGAUCCCUCGCAGAUCACCUUCCCCAUGGCUGAGUUUCAUGAAUCUACCCGCGAUCUGAUUCGCACCCUUUAUUGCCGCCAGGUGCAACUUCCCUUGGCAGAUUCUACAUAAUAUUCGACGGCGCUGCUCACUCUGUCCUGUGUCCUGGUCGCUCUCCGAAGCCUUCAACGCUUGUCCAACUGCACCCUUUGCCCCGGUGGCAGCAGCAACUGCCGUCAUGGCGCGCGAAAAUGACCGACUUGACAAGACCGAUGUCGAGGAGAUCACCGAAGUCACGUCUCACGACUCCUUCAGCAGCGAAACUAGCGACGCGAGCCGAACCCUAUGGCAGAACAUUAAGAAGUAUCGCAAGGUUGUGGGAUACACAUUUGCCUUGACCUCUGCCAUUCUGCUGUAUGGCUAUGACAAUGUCGUCGUCGGCACCGUCUCUGGAAUGCCUGGCUUCCAGAAAGACUUUGGCAGAAAACUCGACGACAAAUGGAUCCUCCCCUCUUCAUGGCUUGCCCUCUGGAAUGUUUCAAGCCCCAUCGGCGCUAUGUGUGGUUCACUGGCCGGAGGCUGGCUGCAAGAUAGAAUUGGUCGCCGCCUCGCGCUCGCCAGUUGCAGCCUCCUUUCCGCCGUCUCAGUCGCCAUCAUGUUUGUCUCGUAUCUCCCAGCAGAUAUCGACGGUCGCCGUGGCUGUUUCUUUGCCGGGAAACUUUUCCAGGGUUUCUCAAUCGGUGCAGUCAUGGCAGCUACGCAAACAUACAUGUCGGAGAUUCUGCCCCCCGUCUUGCGAGGCUCAGGCAUGGCCUUCUUCCCCGUUUUCACGCUUCUCGGCCAAUUGACCGGUGCGCUCGUCAUCUUUGGUAGCCUCAACAAAGGCAAGGGCUACACGGUAGCUUUUGGUUCCCAAUGGCCGUUCUCCUUCGUCCCAAUCGUUGUAGCACUGUUCAUUCCUGAAUCCCCAGCCUACUAUGUGCGCAAGAGGCAAAUGGACAAAGCAUUGAACAGCCAGGCCCGCCUUGACCCUCUAGGCGUUGACACCAAAGCCAAUGUCGAAAAGAUUCGGAGGGACAUCGAACACGAGGAGCAGCUCAACAAAGCUUCCUUCGCCGAGUGUUUCCACAAGCGCAACCUCCUCCGUACUUUCAUCGUCAUGUGGGCAAACUCACUGACUUCUAUUUUUGGGCUUCCGCUGCUUGGGAAAGCCAGCUACUUUCUCCAGAUCGUCGGUAUGGGCGCGGACUCCAGUGUUUUAUUCCUCAUCCUUGGAAUCGUUCUCGGAUUAAUAGCAAACGGAGUUAGUGUCUGGGCUAUGUCACGAGUCGGGCGAAGACCACUCAUCAAUAUUUCCUUGUCCGUUGCCGCUGCCCUAUGGCUAUCUAACGGUAUCGCCAAUUGUUUCCACAGCGGUGCUGUUGUGUGGUGGACUGCUGUAUCAAUGAUGCUUGUAAUCAUCGUCUGCGGUGUCGGCGUAUGGCCAGCCUCCUUCGCCGUCGCAGCCGAAACCUCCUCUCUUCAACUGCGAGCCCAAACCCAGGGAAUCGGCUGGUUUGUCUCUGCAUUCACCAGCGCCGUCUCGGGCAUCGUACUACCCUAUGUUUUCAACCCAGAUGCAGGCAACCUCCGCGGCAAAGUUGGCUUCACGUACGUCGGAUCUUGUAUUCUGGGUGUGGUGGUUAGUUGGUUCUUAAUUCCUGAGAUGAAGGGAAGGACGAUCGGGGAGAUCGAUCGUAUGUUCGAGUUGAAGAUUCCUGCCCGGGCGUUUAAGAGCUGGAGGAACGAUGGCGAUGGCGAGAGCCAGGUACGGACUCCUCCGCAACCAUGGGUCUGAGGCCUGAAAUAGGAUCGUACCCCCACUGACUCUAGCUUUCAAUUGAGCGGUUUUUGGUUUUUGGUUUCUACGCGCCGCACAUAUU